CAUGGGUGUGCCUGAGGAGACCGUGUACGGUGGCCUCGCCGAUGGCUUCGCCUCGAUGGUGCGUGAGGUGGAGGCGCACGGCACAGAGGAGGACCGGUACUGCCUCAAGUACGUGCUGCACGCGGCGACCGGCUCGUGCGAGCGGCAGUGGCCCAACGGCGUCCUCGACGGCGGCCGUGAGUCUGGCCUCCGCCUCGCCGACUUUGCUUCGCACGCAAGCGCACGGCUCGCGGGCCUCACCGCGGCGCAGGUGGCGGCGCUCCGCUUCUAUACGACAGCGGGUUACCGAUCACUCAACCUGCCGCUGCGGAGCCCAAACGGUAUCUGCCACCAAGGCUACCCCUUCCCCGUCACGAUGACGCUGAUCGCUGAGGCGCUCAAGAGGCUGCGAGCCGUCGACGCGGGCACGCGAGCGCAGGUCGACUUGUGGCGCGGGAUGCGCAAUGUCGUUGCGAGCGAGGCCUUCCUCGCCUGCGGCGGGACCGAGGUGGCGCCCAUGUCGACCACCACCGACUUGGCAGUGGCGAUGCGCUACUCGUGCGGGCACGGCGCCGCCACCACCUCGGCGCUACUCCUCAAGAUUGCCACGAGCAGCUUCAUGGACAGGGGCGCCGACCUGGCCUUCCUCUCGUGCUUCCCGAACGAGAGCGAGGUGUGCUACCCGCCGCUCACGUUCCUCCUGCCGACCGGCCGGAGCGAACAGUUGCAGGCCAGCGGGGUGCGCUUUACAGUGAUUGAGGUGACGCCUCGGCUGAGCUGAGUUGUGAGAUGUGAGUACAUAUGGCUGAGUACCGUGUCGCGCUAUGUCAUGUUUAUCUCUUGUUAUUGUCGCCAGCCUGAUGCCUGUGCAUUUCCGUGUUCAUACGAAUGCAUACCU